AUGUGCGACUCCGGUGACCUCCAGUGCCCAGCAGCCCUCAACCAUCUCUGCUACGAGUAUGCAGCGUUCGGAGACAUUGAGAAGGUCGAGAUGGCGCCAGGACGACCUCCGAAUCGGUACUUCUAUGUCCGCACGAGACGUGAGUGCGAAGAUCCGGGCAGGAUGGCAACCGAUGUUGUUUACCAGGACUAUUUCGUUAGAAGUGGUGAGGACGAUGCGGACCUCCGGCUGCGACACGAGUUGUUUCCCCGCGUGGCUGAGAGGCUUUCGGCUUACAAUGACGAUCUUCGCAGAGGGGCUGCCAACAGAGAGACGAAUGGGCGUGUCGUAUUCGUAGCUGUACCGGAGCCAGUUGCCCCUACUCGAACGGCACUGUUAGAUUCAGACGAUGCAUCGGUCGGAGCGAUUUUGGGGAUGCCACGGGUGAAGUCGUCAAACGGGCUCAGGACUUGUGCCGGCUGUGCAGCUUUCAGUGCGGCACUUCGAAGCUGCUCACGGCUUCUCAGCGACGAUUCACCUGGUGUAGCUGGGGAUGAAAGGGUAGAGGUGCCGGGCUGGGUGAGCCGUCACAAGAACCAUUGGGAUGAGGCGGACGAUAUUGAUUACUUGGUUGACCACGUGCAUCCAAAACUGUCGAAGUUCAGUCUGCUGCUGGAGACAGGACAGGGUGUAGCAGUCGCAGACAGAGCCUUGACACUGCUUGCAGAGCAUCGCGAAGCGUACGCCUUACUACCCAAACAGCUGACUCAUGGUGACAUGGGCUUGGGUAACGUAAUGAUCUCUGUCUCGGAUGCAGAUAGCAAGCCUCGUAAAGCAACUGCUUGCAUUAUUGAUUUCACUCCGUACGCAACAGAGUCGCACCUUUAUGCCUUUACAGUUACGCUAUAUUGGACCUUCCUUUAUGGUCCGCUGUGCAGUUGUAUUGGAGAGUCGCCCAGCUUGGACGAAGCGCGAAUGCGUUCAUCUGUGGCCGCAUAUCUAAGCACAGCAGCUUCUUUUGAUUUGCCGGAUCUCCGACACAUGUGGUACAUCAUGUUCGUCAAAGUGGCAUGUCGCAUGCUGUUUGUCCCUGUGCUGUGGGCAGAAGCCGAUGUAGCAUUUCCGUCAUUCGUUUCUGCAGACGCCGUGGAAAAGUAUGUACGGGUUCUGGACUGGGUGAUGCGGAACCAAGCGCUGCUUGAGAACAUCCUAGACGUCGACGUGAACGCUCUGUUCUGCGAAAUUCGUCCGAGCGGCCCAGAGCGAGGGCGAAUGGCCAAGGAAUGCUCCAUCGACGAGGGAGCCUUUGGUGCCAUCGUGGUGCCCGCUUCCUUGAGUUCCAGCCUCCGCGAGGCACUUGGGCGGUGGUGCCGCGAGCGACAGCCUCUGACACUAUAUGAGCCGGAGCCCGCUCCUGAAGAGGCACACCAUGCGCUCCACCUGAGCAAGGACGGAGCUGCCAUUUUGAAGUCUCUCACUGCUCCGCUGGGACCCUUCGAUGAAGCGGAUUUGCACACUUGCUUGAGCACCUCCUGGGUGGAAGCGCAAGUGGAUUCGGACGUUGUCGAGCUCUUGGAGGCGCUGCUUCGCGUCUGCACGGAGCUACAGCAGGAGCUGGGGUGCUGCCCGGUUCGGUGGCUGCCACAUCUCCGCCCUAGCUCCCUGCCUUGUUGCAGGCGCUGGCGGGGAGCCAGUAUCCAGGCCUGGAGGCGACGUGCUGCCGCGUCGCCGCUCCCAAGGUUCACCUUCUGUGAGCUGUUCGCGGGCAUCGGUGGCUUUCGCCUGGGGCUCGAGGCCGUAGGUGGUCGCUGCGUCUUCGCUUCCGAGAUCAAAACAGCGGCGCGGCGGACGUACAUGCGAAACUUUCCAUCAGACGAGGGGGCGGCUCCGUUGGGGGACGUUCGUUCCAUCUCUGCUGACGACUUGCCUGCCUUCGAUCUCCUCGCCGCCGGCUUUCCUUGCCAGAGCUACACCUGCUACAACCCCGACUCUGCCGGGCUGGACUGUGCAAAAGGGGAGCUGGUGUGGGAAGUCCUUCGACUCUUGAGAUGCUGCCGACCGGCUGCCGUGUUGCUGGAAAACGUGCAGGGCUUGGUCAACCACAGGUCUGGAAACGAUCUGGCGCAGAUUGUGGCGCAGCUUCGUGGAGCAGGGUAUGCCGUUGGCUGGCGCAGCCUCGAUGCACGCAGAUGUGUGCCCCAGAAGAGACUUCGUGUGUACAUUGUCUGCAUUCGCCAAGAUCUGAAAGACUAUUAUGUGGCAAGACAGAGCUCGGUGCCUUCACCGGAAGAUGCUGGAGUCGUUCGAUUCGGCGGCGAGUCCAAGGCUUUGGGCGACUCGGUGAUCGAUUGGGCGAAGUUCGAAGCUGCUGCAGCAGAGCAAAAGCCGAAGACGUUCCACGAAGUUCUGCAACCGCAAGCCAGCGCAGACACCUUCCUGACGGCAGCGCAGUGGGACAAGGCUGCAGCACGCUCCGUCGUGGAAGAAGAGGGGAGUGAGGAGCUCGCACGUCGCAAGCGGUUGCUCACAUCGGAUGCAGACUGGGCAGGGGCCCUUCGUUCAACCUACCGCUGUGACUGGCGGCGGGCCUCACAGUUCGUGGCCUCGGAGACCUUGCCCCGCUUCUUCACCACGAGAGAGUGUGCACGACUGAUGGGAUUUCCGGAGACCUACGAGAUCGACAGUGGGAACGGGUUUUACAAGCAGAUUGGGAAUGCGGUGGUGCCAGAACUGAUCUCACAGCUGGCUCUGGGAGUGCUGCAGACCAUAAUGCGCUGA